CUUGCCAACGCAUAACUCUCUAAAUUCCAGCUGCCUCCCAUCCCAGACGUGGACAUUGCUAUUAAACACUACUCUGUUAUACAUAAGAGCUGCUCUCUUUUCCAGCUAAGUUUCCAUCUGCUCUAAAACCAAGGAGAGACAUACAAACACAGCUCAGCAAGAGGACAGCAUGAAGUCUCUUCCGAUUCUCGUGUUCCUGUCACUGGCAGCAGUGGUGGCCCUUGCCUAUGAAUCCUAUGAAAGCCAUGAGUCCUUUGAACGAUAUGACCCAUUUUUAAACUCAAGGAAUGCCAAUUCAUUUAUGAAUUCCCAGCACAGAAACAUACGCAUGAAUGAAAGAGUCCGUGAGCGCAAUAAGAGCCCCCGGGAACGACAGCGCGAGACUUGUGAGGACUACAAUCCUUGUGAACGAUAUGCAAUGAGAUUUGGCUUCGACGCUGCUUACAGACGAUAUUUUGGAAGGCCUAAUGCAGAAAAAUAAAAUGAUGAAUCCAUCCAUGGUGAAGGCCAGAGUGAUGGAGUUGAAAGUCUUGGUGUAUUUUAAUUAGGUGUACCGGGAGCCUACUGCAUGCUGUUAACAGCUCAGCAAAGCCAGACAACUCUUUGGAAAUAAAUCCAGUAUAUAUUCUGAGGUUGUCUCUGAAGCUAACAUGGGUAAAAAGCUGUAUUCACUGUUUCUUUUUGUAUCACACACAGGUUAUUGCUAGACACCAUAACAUGCUUUAUUCACAUGUCUUGUUUUAAAAAAUAAAAUGCUGCUUUUACACCUAG